AUGGGUUCGUCCUCAGCUUCGGCUUCCACAAGGUCUGAAUGUUCUCUGCCUAGCAUCUCGGCCGGGUUUGGUUUGCACCACAACCAGUUCCAGUUCCAGUCCGGCGCCGACGCCUUUACCGACAUGAAGAAGAAGCUCGCUCCCUUGAAGACGUUCGACAACAAGCCGCCUGGCUCACUCCUCAGUGCGUCAAGCACAUCAUCAACUAGCGACCCUUUCUCGAGGAGGCUGUCUGGGGACAUGCGCGUACCGCCACUUUCCGUGCCCACCAGUCUUCCGUUGCAUCUCAAGACAUCAAACCUACUAGACUCUCCCGACAGGUACACGCAGACUCCUCACUCUGCCCUGUCACCUUCCCCUAGAAGCCAGCCAUACCACCUCGGCCAGGAGUAUAGGUCCCCUCGGUCUGUCUCAGAUCUCGACAGGUCACCACCUACUCGCACAAGGAGGAACAACAGCGACGAUGCAUCAUCGCACAGUUACGAAGUGGACGAGAUGGAAAUGGAAGAGACCAAUUCUAUGAAGAGAUUGCGGAUAGAAGAUCCCAUGAGAGCGCAUUACGAUGGCGCUGGUGCGAAGCGCCGUGCAUCUGCCGAUCCCGACGACAGCGUACCACUUGGCUUCACAACCCAGGGUGACUUGCUACGCCGCCGCGAUGGAAACCAAAGAGGAUCUCCCACGCCUCGACUAAGUGUCAUCCCUCAAGGAUCCAUCUCUUCCUCAUCUGGUCGCGCAGGGUCUUACAGCUCUAACCUAUCACUGCUCACCGGGAGCAUUGUCAGCAUGGGCUCGUCGUCGUUUGGCCGAGUCUCUCCAGGCGGCCUUUCCCCAGGUGGAAUUUCGCCCGGCGGAACCGAUCCCAGCUGCAGCUCUCCCUACAGUGCAUCAAUGUCGCUCAACCCCUCGCCUCGCGGCUCCCUUUCUAGGGCACCCCAUCAGCGGACUAUUAGCGAAAGCCGGCCUCUCGCUUCUCCCCGCAAGCUUACGGAAGUGAGCAAGCCUGGUGGAACCAAGAUUUCGGGAUUCUUCAUGUGCGAUUGUUGCCCGAAGAAACCCAAGAAGUUCGAGUCGGCUGAAGAGUUGGCGUCUCAUGAAGCCGAGAAGCAGUAUGAAUGCUCAUUCUGCGGAAAUCGAUUCAAGAACAAGAACGAGGCAGAACGCCACCAGAACAGUCUUCACGUUCGCAGACACAGCUGGAGUUGCUCGGCCUUGAAUGGCUAUGAUCGUGCUUUCCACGACAGUACCAACCGCCCCGGUGAAGCAGACUCUUGUGGUUACUGCGGCGAGGAGUUCCCCAGGAACGGGAGAGGCCCCGGUGCUUCUGCCCCGCGACACGCUACCGACCAGGACUGGGAAGAGCGCAUUCGCCACCUCCAAGAAGUCCACAAAUUUAGGGAAUGCAACAGCAGCAAGAAAUUCUUCCGCGCAGACCACUUCCGGCAGCAUUUGAAGCACAGCCAUGCAGGUACGAGCGGCAAAUGGACGAACAUGCUGGAGAAUGCCUGCAUGUUGGAUGAAGAUCCCACUCCGAGAUGA